UAAUGGAGAUGAUCUGCGGGGGAUGAUGGGGUAUAUAGAUGGUGCGCGUCCUCGGGCUGUUCUUGAGGUUCUGGAUAUUUUAUCAUCGUUUCCUUUCACUGUGGUUAAAGAUUGCAAUUGAAGAACACAAGAGAUCUUUGUCUGAACAAACCGUACGCACCCGUUAUAGGCCACAACUGCCACAACACAACCAGUUGCACGAUGAGACUUACAACCAUCCUAUCGCCGGCGCUCCUCGCGGCCACGGCCUUCGCAACAGACUCUUCUUCUUCUUCCUCCUCCUCCUCAUCAGCCUCCAGCUCAACCGAAAGUGCCUCAUCGGCGUCAAGUUCGAAGGUCCCAGACCCCACACCCAUUGGCGAGAUUUGGACACCGAAAUGGACCGCCACAUCAAGCGCACUAGACCCUUACACCACGUCAUGCCAUUCCACCACGACGCUGACGGCCGAGAUCUACCAAUUGAAGGAGCUGUACCCAACCCUCAAGGACUUUGCGCCCCAGUUGAAAGUCUUCUACAACAAACAGCACUACCCUGGGACGUGGAAUGGCGAGGACAAGCAUGGUGACAAGCGCGAGCUGUUGAAGAUGGACUACGAGGCACUGCCGUACGGUGUGCGUGAGUGGAUCAACAAGAACACGAACCAGAGGUGGUUCAGCGUCCAGGAUGACGUGGUGUUCUUUGCACCCGGCGCCAUCUACCCGCUUGUACCGUUGUGGGUGGAUGAGGCUGACGGGAAGAAGUGUGAGGGCGUCUUCGACUACUUGGAGACAUAUUCCACCGAGCCCAAGGACGGAGCAAUCUUAGGCAAGGUUGAGCACAAGAAAACCGGGAAGAACGAGGUGGAGAUUACCAUUGAGGCUUUCCAGGUGAAGGAGAAAGCUGCGGAAAACCAGCGGGAUGAGCUAUAAUUUCUUGUCAUGGAUUGUUCCCUUUUGCCGUAAUCUUGAAAACAACUUUCCCAACGCCUUA